GCCCGCCUGUGUGGACGUCACGGAAGGGCGGGUCUCCUGGCGCUCAGUGCGGCUGCGCAGCGAAAUCGCUGUUGUCCUGCAGUCGCUCUGCUCACAAUAACAGCAGCGGCAGCAGUAGCAGUUCCAUCAUGCUGGCGAGCGGCGGUGCCAGUCCCAGCCCCAGCUACUGCCGCGCAAUGGGAGAGCGACAAUAACAGAACGGCAUACUACGGGGCCUGGCGGAUACACCGCUGCCAGCGCGAUUCAUCUCUAUCAACCGAUCCAGGAGGACGUGCCCCGCCACCACCCUGCCUCACCCGCCGAUCCGCACUGUCCGGCCACCCGCUGGAGAGACCUGGCUGCCCCGGCCCUCCCUUCUCCUCCGGCCCUUGGAUAUGUGCUUGGCAGUUGUGAAAAUGCAUUCCUUGCAAGCUUCGGAUAUUCUCUUAUGAGAAACACCUAGCAGACAACGUUUAAGGUUUCUGGAACAGCAUGGCUGGCUUCAAGAGAGGAUAUGAUGGGAAGAUCGCAGGACUUUACGACUUGGAUAAGACUUUGGGCAGAGGGCAUUUUGCAGUUGUCAAGCUUGCUCGUCAUGUCUUUACAGGGGAAAAGGUAGCUGUGAAAGUAAUUGACAAGACCAAAUUAGAUUCUCUUGCUACCGGCCAUCUUUUCCAAGAAGUCAGAUGCAUGAAACUGGUGCAACACCCCAACAUAGUCCGUCUAUAUGAAGUGAUUGACACACAGACCAAAUUGUAUCUCAUUCUGGAGCUUGGAGAUGGAGGGGAUAUGUAUGAUUACAUCAUGAAGCAUGAGGAAGGUCUCAGUGAAGAUUUGGCUAAGAAAUACUUUGCUCAGAUAGUUCAUGCUAUAUCUUACUGCCAUAAGUUGCAUGUAGUGCACAGGGACCUCAAGCCAGAGAAUGUCGUGUUCUUUGAGAAGCAGGGACUUGUGAAACUAACUGAUUUUGGCUUCAGCAACAAGUUCCAACCUGGAAAAAAGUUGACAACUAGUUGUGGCUCACUGGCUUAUUCUGCUCCAGAGAUACUGCUUGGGGAUGAAUAUGAUGCUCCUGCAGUUGAUAUAUGGAGUCUGGGUGUCAUCCUCUUCAUGCUGGUGUGUGGAACUCCUCCAUUCCAAGAAGCAAAUGACAGCGAAACACUGACUAUGAUCAUGGACUGUAAAUAUACUGUGCCCAAGCACGUGUCCAAAGGGUGUAAAGACCUUAUCACUCGCAUGCUACAGAGAGAUCCUAAGAGACGGGCAUCUCUAGAGGAAAUUGAAAACCAUCCAUGGCUCCAAGGAGUUGAUCCGUCACCUGCAACAAAGUACAACAUUCCUCUAGUGUCCUACAAAAACCUCUCUGAGGAGGAGCACAACGGCAUCAUACAACGGAUGGUUCUAGGCGACAUAGCCGACAGAGAUGCCAUUGUAGACGCCUUGGAGACAAACAAAUACAACCACAUUACAGCUACGUACUUCCUGCUGGCAGAAAGAAUUUUGCGAGAGAAGCAAGAAAAAGAGAUUCAGGCCCGUUCUGCAAGCCCCAGUAACAUCAAGGCCCAGUUUAGGCAGUCAUGGCCCACAAAGAUUGAUGUUCAACAAGACUUAGCUGAUGAUUUGACAGCUGCUUCUUUAGUUGGCGUUGCACCUACCCCAGCUCGCAGUACAGAGAACGUGCUGAAUGGCCAUAGAAAUAAAGGCCUUGUGGAACCACUGAAAAAGGAGGAUGUGACAGAUUUCUCAGGCCCAGCAGCUUCAGGAGUGCUUCCUGCGAAUCUGAAUCCAUCAACAAGUGGAAGAAAAUGUCUCUUCAGAGUAGAGGAAGAUGAGGAAGAAGAUGAAGAAGAUAAAAAGCCCAUUUCACUGUCCACACAAGUUGUUCUGCGACGUAAGCCCUCUGUUACAAAUCGGCUCACAUCAAGGAAGAGCGCCCCUGUGCUCAACCAGAUUUUCGAGGAAGGAGAGUCAGAUGAUGAGUUUGAUAUGGAUGAGAAUCUUCCUCCAAAACUCAGCAGAUUAAAAAUGAACAUUGCAUCUCCCGGCACUGUGCACAAGAGAUAUCAUAGGAGGAAAAGCCAAGGCCGUGGAUCAAGCUGCAGCAGCUCAGAAACUAGUGAUGAUGACUCUGAAAGCAGGAGAAGGCUGGACAAAGAUAGCGGGUUUACAUAUUCCUGGCACAGACGAGACAGCAGCGAAGGUCCUCCAGGAAAUCAAGGUGAUGGCGGCGGUCAAAGUAAGCCAAGCAAUGGAAGUACAGGUGUUGACAAAACUAGUCCAAGUGAUAAUAAAGGAGGAGGUAGCCCCUCCAAUACAAACAGCGGUAACACCAACAACUCCUCCGGGAACGGUCGCAAUUGCGCUGGUUCUGGAAACUCAGUGCAACAAUCCCCAAGAUGUGCAGGAGAACUUGUAGAAAGCCUUAAGCUAAUGGGUCUGUGCUUGGGCUCGCAACUUCAUAAUGGAGCCAAGUAUAUAAUUGACCCACAAAAUAACCUGUCCUUCUCAAGUGUCAAAGUGCAGGAGAAGUCCAGCUGGAAGAUGUGCAUCAGCUCCAGCGGCAGUACCAGUAAGGCUACACCUACGGGGGGUAUAAAAUUAUUCUCUGGCCAGAUGUCAGACACUGCUAAUGAACUAGAGUUUCUCAAGAGCAAAAACUUUAAGAAUAAUGUUUUACAGCUACCUCUUUGUGAAAAAACAAUAUCUGUAAAUAUUCAGCGGAAUCCCAAGGAGGGACUUUUAUGUACCUCUAGUCAAGCCAGUUGUUGCCAUGUCAUUUAACAAUACCUUUAUGUAAAUAGCUGUGUGGCACCUUUGUUCAUGGCUGAGAUCAUUUACUGUUUAUGUAUUCCAUUUUGUUGUCUUACUGCUUUUUUUUUUUUUUUUUUAAAGUGGGCUUCAUGGGCAAUUUAUUUAUUACCAUUUUAUUCAGUUUUUGCUUUGUAGAUCCGCAGCAUUGUUGUGUUUUGUGCAGGCUGCUAGCUGACACUUUUUGUUUUGUAACCCAUUUUGAAUAUUUUUACUGUGUAAAUGUCACUUGUUUUAGCAACAGCAAACCGAAAAUCCCUUUGAGUGUAACCUUCAAACAUACUGUGUGAGGAGCACUUAGACUUCUCAUUUCAGCACUUAAGCUAAGGAGACCAUUUUGGCUUUCCUUUAUGUUCUCAUAAUUCCAGUCCUUACUGUUGUGAUCGUGGUGUACUGUGUGUCUGAGAGAGAACCAAAGCAAUAAUGUUUUGUUGUCGAAUGCUCCCCUUGGGUGGUUCAUGUAUUCCAAGGCUUGCACAAAUUAAAGAUGCACCGCAUUACAGUGUUCCUACUCAUGUCGUGCCCCAUUCUCUUAUCUGAGAUAUUGGAACCUGUUUUUGAACCAGUCCCAAAAAUUAAAUAUUAUUUGAUUAUUACACACUAA